UCGGUAUCGGCUCAUAUUCUUUUCCUCUUUCACUCACGUCGACAAAACAUGUGUUUCCCAAGUCUGUUUCAAAUCCUUAAUUGUCUUUAUUAGGAUCUUUGUUUUUAGAAGAUUCACCAAAAGCCAAUGAUCUGGGUUGGAUCAAAGUCUACGCCUUUCAGAUAAUUUCGAUGAUUCACACUCAUGGAUCUCACCUAAAUCUGAUCUGGGUAUGCUUCACGAUGCGUACCAAAGUGAUAUAGAGUCAGGAGCUGUAAGAAAACCUAGAAAACCCAAGACUUUCUGUCCCAAAAUGUUCAAAUCUCUCGAAACUCGCUUUCACCACCUCUUCAGAUUACACCCAAUCCUCGUUUUCAUCGUUUGCAUCUCCUUUGGGAUCACAGUCUUGAUACUUCUCUCCUCGGUUUACGAGAACAACUUUAGAUCAGCUGUUACUUAUAAGAAGAACGAUUUUGAUAACGAUGUUUAUCCAUUUGCCAAUCUGAAAAACCUUGUGAUGGUGGCUGGACACUCUGUUUACACGAGUAGUAACUGCGGUAAGAUCGAUAAAGAGGAGUCGUGGUUCUUGGAGUCUUAUCAGAAGCAUCCAGGUCAAGCUGCGACGUUCUUGAGUCCUAUAGAGAAAGGUGUUGAAGCUGCAGAGAAAGAUGAUGAGUCUUUGCUUUUGUUCAGUGGUGGAGAGACUCGUAAAGAAGCUGGACCUCGCAGUGAAGCUCAGAGUUAUUGGGCUGUUGCUGAAUCCAAACGAUGGUUCGGCAAAGAUGAUGUGAGGUCGAGGGCGUUGACGGAAGAGCACGCUAGAGACAGCUUUGAGAAUCUUCUCUUUAGUGUUUGUAAAUUCAGAGAGCUCACAGGGUCUUACCCACACAAUAUAACAGCAGUGAGUUAUGAUUUUAAGGAGGAGAGAUUUGCGCAUUUGCAUUGUUCAGCAAUGAGGUUUCCAGAAUCAAGAUUCUUCUACUUAGGGACUCCAGCUUCUCUAACAUCCAAAGAAGGCGCUCUGAAAGGCGAGGCUAUGGUUAGAACUCAGUUUCAAGAAGAUCCGUACGGAUGUGUUGGUUCGCUUUGGCGUAAGAAGCUGAAGCGCGACCCUUUCCACAGGACUAUACCUUACCCUGAUGGCUGCUCUGAGAUUAGAGGGUUGUUCAGGUACUGUGGUUCAGCUCCUUUCCCUGGCUCUCUCCCAUGGAGCUAGCGACACUAGACUUAGAGGAACAGAUACAGUAACAAGAGAGCUUAGUAGAAACUGAUGUUUUUCUGUUACUUUCAUCAAAAAGAGAAACUUCAGAAUCUUUGUAUACAUUAUGACAUAUCUAUCGAUUAAAAGAUCUCUAUAUAUUCACCUUUA